AGCGACAGCAGAAGGACAUCAUCACAUCCACAGUGAAAUCAACAUGAAGACCACAGUGGGACUGCUGCUUCUGCUGCUCACGGUUUAUUACUGCGCUGCUGCACCUCAAGCAUUUCUUCAAAUAUCUCCUGGACAAUGCUGUUUCAAAUUCUUUACUGGAAGGAUACCACCGAAGAAAAUAGUCUCUGUCAUCAAGACUCACAGCGCCUGUCUGGAAAAAGCAUUUGUGAUCGGUACAGCCGCCGGGAAGCACAUCUGUGUGAGCCAGAGUGUCACCUGGGCUCAAGAAGCUUUUAAGCAACAGCAGAUCGGUGAUGAAUGAAUACUCUUCAGAUUUCAUGAUCAACCAUAAUAAAGCUCUGUGUUAUGUUAACCCAUGCUAACAGCAAUUUUAUAAUGACUGUAUUUUCCAAAAUGCUUUGUGUAUAUAUAUUUGAAAAAAAAAAAAAAAAAAAAAA